CCUCCACUUCGACGUCUCUCUCUCUGUUUCGCUCUUUUAUCUCUCUUUCUCGCUCGUAUUCAAGAAGAAACCAAACGAAAAGAGAAACCCAAAUCCAAAAGAAGCGAAUUUUCCGCAUAGUAGUUGUCAUUUUCGAUCUACGGAAUCAGUUCCGAGGUCUUCAAUUACAGGAAGUUGGAUCAAGUUUUUUGUUGAGACUUGUAUAAAUAUUUAGAAAGAUUCAGUGAUGGCCUCGAAGUCCUCUGCAAAUCUUCUUGAUGGGUGUUCUGAUGAUGUGUUCGACUUCCGUCAAGCUGUGAAAUCGCUUCCGCGUGUAAUAACAGCUCCUGGAAUUAUAACUGAUGUUGAUGAGGAUACUAAGAAUGAUGAGGAUUUAAGUAGUUCGAGAUCAGUGUCUCGAAACCGCAAAGUAAUAGUUGCUAACUUCCUUCCGUUGAACUCUGUAAAGGAUCAAAGUACAGGAGAAUGGUGCUUCACAUGGGAUGAAGACUCACUCUUGCUGCAACUGAAAGAUGGCUUUUCUGCUGAUUUUGAAGUAAUUUACGUAGGUAGUCUUAAGGUUGAUAUAGAUCCUGAUGAACAAGAGAAUGUUGCCCAAAAACUUCUAAAGGAGCUAAGGUGCAUACCCACCUUCCUUUCUCCUGAACUUCAAAAUAAAUUCUACCAUGGCUUCUGCAAGCAGCAACUGUGGCCUCUUUUCCAUUACAUGAUACCGAUUUGCCUCGACAAAGGUGAACUCUUCGAUCGUUCUCUGUUCCAAGCCUAUGUUUCAGCCAAUAAAACCUUCGCUGAUAAAGUAAUGGAGGCGAUAAAUUCCGAUGAUGACUAUGUUUGGGUUCAUGACUACCAUCUUAUGCUUCUCCCAACUUUUCUAAGGAAACGACUGAACCAGGUCAAGCUUGGUUUCUUCCUUCACAGCCCGUUUCCCUCUGCAGAGAUAUACAGGACGCUGCCGGUUAGGGAUGAAAUCCUGAAAUCUUUGCUUAAUUCCGACGUAAUAGGUUUCCAAACAUUUGAUUAUGCCCGUCACUUUCUCUCUUGUUGUAGUAGAAUGUUAGGGAUAAAUUAUGAGUCAAAACGCGGUUAUAUUGGGCUCGAGUACUUUGGUCGAACAGUGAGCAUUAAGAUUCUCCCUGUCGGUGUUCAUAUAGGCCGUCUCGAAUCAGUUCUACAACUACCUGCCACAGUAAAUAAGGUCCGAGAAAUUGAAGAGAGAUACAAGGGUAAAACGUUACUUUUAGGUGUAGAUGACAUGGAUAUCUUUAAAGGUAUCAGUCUCAAAUUGCUGGCGCUUGAGCUUCUAUUAGAAAGGAACCCUAAGCUUAGAGGAGGAGUAGUCCUUGUACAAAUUGUUAACCCUGCAAGAAGCGCAGGAAAAGAUGUUAAGGAAGCAAGAGAGGAAGCAAUUUCUAUAGCCGAAAGGGUCAAUCAAUGUUUUGGUACCGCAAACUACAAGCCUGUGGUCCUUAUUGACUACCCAAUACCUUUCUACGAGAAAAUCGCUUUCUAUGUGGCAGCCGAAUGUUGCAUUGUGAAUGCUGUUAGGGAUGGCAUGAACUUAGUUCCAUAUGAGUACAUAGUUUGUAGACAGGGAACUGAGGAGAUGGAUAAGUGCAGAGGUAUUGAUGCUAACUUCCGUCACAAAAGCACCCUUAUAGUGUCUGAAUUUGUCGGUUGCUCUCCUUCUCUUAGUGGGGCUUUUCGGGUGAAUCCUUGGUGUGUCGAAGAUGUGGCUGAUGCUUUCUAUCAAGCAACUGAUUUAGGAGAACCUGAGAAGCAGUUACGUCAUGAAAAGCAUUAUCGCUAUGUCAGUUCUCACAAUAUUGCUUACUGGGCCAGAAGCUUUUUGCAAGAUCUCGAGAGGGCGUGCAAGGACCACUAUAAUCAAAGGUGUUGGGCUAUCGGGUUUGGUUUAGGAUUUAGAGUUGUUUCCCUUUCUCAUGGUUUUAGGAAGUUGUCUCUGGAUCACAUUGUUCCCUCUUAUAAGAAGGCUAAUAGAAGGGCGAUAUUUCUCGACUAUGAUGGCACUAUAAUGCCUGAAUCGUCUAUUAGUAAAAUUCCGAGUACGGACAUCAUUUCUAUGCUGAACAAUCUGUGCGGUGACCCAAAGAACACUGUAUUUAUUGUUAGUGGGAGAGGAUGGACUUCUCUUGGUGAGUGGUUUGCUUCGUGCGAGGGCCUUGGUAUAGCUGCUGAACACGGCUAUUUUAUCAGGUGGAGUAAAGAAGCUGACUGGGAAACUAGUUCAUCUGCUCUUGGCUCUGAGUGGAAAAAGAUUGCCGAACCUGUAAUGAAGCUCUAUUCUGAAACAACUGAUGGCUCCUUUAUAGAAACCAAGGAGAGUGCACUUGUGUGGCAUUACCAGUACGCGGACCAUGACUUUGGUUCAUGCCAAGCUAAGGAGCUACUGGACCAUCUUGAGAGUGUGCUUGCAAAUGAGCCAGUGGUUGUGAAGAGGGGUCAACAUAUUGUCGAAGUUAAACCUCAGGGAGUUAGUAAGGGGUUGGUUGUGGAGAAGCUCAUCAGAACAAUGCUCUGUGACGGGAAGCCUCCUGAUCUUUUGAUGUGUAUCGGUGAUGAUCGAUCUGACGAGGACAUGUUUGAAACCAUUAAUAGUACUGCCUCAAGUAGCCUUUUUCCCAUUGUCCCGGAAGUUUUUGCAUGCACGGUCGGCCAAAAGCCGAGCAAGGCAAAGUACUUUGUAGAUGAUACCAGUGAAGUGUUAAAGUUGUUGAAAAGAAUCGCCGCCAUUUCAACUCAAAAUGACAAUAUUGCCGUCAGUCGAGUUAACUUUGACGUGCCGCUUGAGUUGGCUGAUUAAGCUUCGUCUCGCUUUAUCUAAGCGAUGGCAUUCCGGCUUUCUCAGCUCAAACUUUGGUUCGAGAUUGACGACUCUAACUGUGUAUUAAAGAUGAUGAAAUUAUAAGCGAUUUUGAUACAAAAGGAGCAAGUUGUCGAAGAAUUCUGGGUGAGGCGUCGACCUGCUGUUGUUCUGUACAGGUUUUUGGUUGUCCUGUAGAUAGACUGGAUCUCUUAUUUAACAGUUUUAUCCGUGUAAUGAUCAAUUUGAUACUUAGUUAUUUUAACUUGUUGGAAUGUGAAUGUAUAUAAAGACUUACCUUCUGCCCAGUAUGAAAACUUGUCUUCUUUGUGGACCUUUUUAUUUUA